AUGACUACCAUGAACGCUGUAGCUGAGGCAGUGCGUGAGGCUACAGUAGCAGCGGCUAGGACUCAUGUUCCAGAAGGUCAACACGUGGAGUUCGCUACUUAUAUGCUGGAAGGAGAAGUUGAGCAUUGGUGGCAGGGGAUACAGCGACUGUUGCAACAAGAUGAAGGUGAUAUUCCUUGGGAUACUUUUAAGGAUGAAUUUUAUAAGAAGUAUUUUCUGAGGGCAGCUCGUGACGCUAAGGAGAUGGAACUUAUGCAGCUGAAACAAGGUAAUACAACUAUUGCAGAAUAUGCCCGUAAGUUUGAUGACUUGUGCCGUUUCUCCAAGAUCUGCCAAGGGAAUCCUGCUGACUUUGAGGAUUGGAAGUGUUUAAAAUUUGAAGGAGGACUCCGAGAAGAACUAAUGAACUCCGUUGUUCCGCUAGAGAUAAGAAAUUUUGCUGAACUGGUGAAUAAAAGUAAACUAGUGGAAGAAUGUUCGAAGAAGGUGGCGAUAGCUCGAGCAAAUCGUAGGGAGGCCUCAAGAAGAGACUUUAUUCAUGAUCAAGCCCCUGAAGGUCGUAACUUUAAGGUCAAUGGUCAGUUCCAGCGCCAAAAUGGAAAUAAACGGAAUGGUAGCUUUCUUGCUUGUAACAAUGGCAACCACGACAACUAUAAUUUGGGAGAGGAAGAAGGAGGUCAAUCUCAGUAA